AUGCUAGCUGGAGCCGCUCUUGGUCAUCAACCUGUUCCGACCGCCCGACGGAAUGCAAGCUUAUCGCGCGUCCUGAUGAAUGAACGUGCAUUGGCCGGUCGUUCAAGUCGCUCGUCAGCAUGGGGUGAAUCAGCCUACGUGGCCGAUACAGACGAUUCAGAAUUGCGAGGGUUAUGGGACGUUAUCAGAUAUGCGCAGUAUCUUAACCCAAAGGAAUUCGAUUUACCUAAGGACCUGUUACCUGGUAUAAAACUACCUGGAUCAUACAAAACGGCCAGCGAACGCAAAGCAAAAUCCAUUAUUGACCUAGAAAAUGGGCAAAUUCCUCGACCAAUCAGGCGCUGUUUUGUGUGCGCAAGGACCUGCCUUUUCGCUCCAUUGCUGCCCUGUGACUUUUGCUCCUCGUGCUUUCAUCUGGAUUGUUUGGAUCCACCAUUACCACACUUCCCAUCUCGUUCGGACCGGUGGAUGUGUCCUAAUCAUGUUGAGCAUGUUGUUGAUCGUUACCUUGUCCGAUCCAUUCGUCUCACGGAACGAAUGCGUAUAUGGGCCCAGUUGGCUUCUUCGGGGACUAAUGAUUCCACAGAUGCACCAGUGGACUCACAUGCGACUAGUCACACUCCGGUCAGCGCGGAAUCAGGGGAAGUAUCCGCUAAAAGCUCUCUGUCCGAAUCCCAGGCCAAUGCUCCCGCCAAUCAGUGCACAGCAUCGGUAACUGAGCGACCCACUACACCACCGUUACCGAUUGUUGCCCCGUACGAACUCAGUUACGGGCCAGAUGAUGAGGCAACCAUACUGGCUGACCUUAUGCACAGAGUACAACGAGGAAGAGCCGAGCUGUCUUCUCUGGUAGCUUCCGCGAAUACAGCACAGGAAACUGUGGGUGACCGUGCUCGAGUCAUAACUUCAGGUACUGCACGUGACUGUUGGCGCCUCAACAGUUCCCCAACCUGUCAAAUCCUUCGGGACCAGAAACGCAAACUCAAAAUUGUGGUUCCCCGCGCGAUUAAAUGGUUGUACGUCAAUCGAGUCAAAAAAAUCCCCACAAAUCUGUCGCACGUCGAACCGCCUCGUGAAACGGAGCCAUCGAAUGAAGCGGAUCAAAAACUGGUAGGCUCAGUUACCUCUCCGGCUAAAGUAUGCAAACACGAUGCGGUAAUGAACGAGAAUCUCUGCGAACAAAGCCCCAUUCAGAUUCGACUGAAACAGGUCGAUGCGGAUCUCAUCGAACGCAAUUUACCGAAUCCCGCAUCACAAAUCGUACAUGGCCGCAACGGUCUCCGCUUUUGGGGCUCCGGAUCUCGAGCUGUUCUAUCUCCGUGUGGUGUUACCACUGGACCGCUAGUGAAAAUGCAUUUCCGAACACUCACGGUCGGAACGUCAUCCGAUUGUCAUCUCUGUUUGUCCAACUACCGUGUUCCGAAUCCCACCCCAUGCGCAUGUGUGUCCACCCAUCACGCGACGAUUUUCUACGACGACUGGACACGUCACUUUGAGCUGCUUAAUUACAGUGAAUUUGGCACGGAAGUAGAUGGGAUCCGUUAUGGGAACAUGAUUGAUUCCAGAGGAUUGCGUUCACAAGAGGGUUCACCGAAUCGCAAACUUUCCACAUUGGAGAAGCCUCAGCACACUUGUGUUCACGCUACACAACACUCCGUAUCAAGUUUGUCCGCUGGUUGGGAAGGCUCGGCUAUAUUGAGGCACGGAUCGUUACUGCAAUUUGGCUGUUAUCAGUUUGUGCUAGGCCUGGUCGACCACACAAUCAUGGAUCCUUCCGCGGUCGACCCGGAUACUCUGGAAAAUAAUGCCACGGUCGGAUCUUCUUCUUCCUCCUCUCCAAACUCUUCACCGUCGUAG